AUAAAACAUUACAUUUUCAGCCCGUCACAAGUUAGCAACGGCCGACUCCUAACGUAAUAGCUCGCGCGCUCCGGAGCCGAACCGUUGGUUAGCAGAUGAUGUGAAGACGGGGAGAUUCGUACACAGGGCGAGUGAACUUGAAGAGGUUUUUUUUUUCCUUUACGAUGAGAGCAGCAUCAAAGCAACCGGGCGAUCUCGUUGCUGAUGUUAAAGAUGUCCGGUGCGCAGCCCCUCUGUCCCUCCGCCUCUUCGUGUAACGUUAAACCGGAGCGCUCCGUCCUCAGCGGCCAGCAGAUGCAGACAGACACAUCAAUGCGAGGAACUGUGCACGGAAGCUAGCGGGGAGUACCGGGAGCGCGCCUGUCCGGGGUUAACGGGUGCAUUCGGUGUGAAACGCGGCCCCGUGUGUGUGUGUGUGUGUGUGUGCGGUUUUUUUUUUUUUUUCGUACCUGACCUACUAAUGGUGAUCGUCUCUACUCACUAAGACACGUGUCCGUGACCGGCUGCCCGCCCUGCGCACAGCCCCGCCGGGAUUAGUCCCGUUUUUAAAAGGCUGUCCGGUAAAGGCCGCCUGAGGUCGCUCCCAAUAUUAAUUGUCAUAAAGCUGUCCGCUCGUCAAGGUAACAGAAACUGCUAUCACCGUACUUCCACAGUGGACUUUUAAAAUAAAAGCCAAGAGAGGGUAAGGCCAGAAAGAAAGAGAGACCUUCAACCCACCGACAGAUUGAAUGAAGCAGCACCUGGAGUUUCUGAGGACCCUCUCCAUGUUCUGAUCUGCUCGGUGUUUCUUCCUAAGAAAGUUGGUGUCACAGAGCCGCUUCCUGCCAUGCCGUCCAACAGUCCUGCCGCCGCCGAGCCGCCUCAGACGCCAGAGAAUGACGCUUCCAACGACUUGAGUGAAGACGGAGCAGAUCAGGACAGUCCGGAGGAGGGAACGCCAGCGAGUCCGCACAAUAAGCGCAGAGUCGGCCGGCCCAGCAGGAAACGCAAGCAGCUGCUUCCUGAGAUGGCGACCUCUGACCCCUGUGCAAAUGCCCCCCCCACUCCGCCAGAGGAGCCGGAGCCAAACCCUUCCUCACAGAAGAAACGAAGGCGCCGAAAACUAGAGCAAUCUGAAAGGAAUAAAGACGAACCAGAUGAGAGAAACUGCGACUCCCCGAGAGAGGGAGAGACAGGGAGGCUCCGGAGGAGGCCGGUACCCAGAGUGACUUUCCAGGCUGGGGAUCCGUACUACAUCAGCAGGAGGCAGAAGGAAGAAUGGCUCAGCCGCUGGAAGAUGGAGGCGGAGCAGCGGGCGUACAGAGAGGCGGAGAUCAACAUGAUGGACGACCUAUUAGAGACCGGCUUUCAAAAAGAGGAGGAGCCAGCCAGCCCGACCCCGCCCCCUUCACAACAACACACAGAUCCGGCCUCUCCAACAGUUGCCGUGACUCCGGAUCCCGUUGCUAGGGGAGACCAGGCUAUCCCCAGCGAGAUUGAAUACCAGGACGGGCGAGGUUUUGACAUUGGAGCGUUGGUGUUUGGGAAGCUGCGAGGUUUCUCCUGGUGGCCCGGCCGGAUCGUGUCCUGGUGGAUGAGCGGCCGGAGUCGAGCUGCAGACGGGACUCGCUGGGUCAUGUGGUUCGGUGAUGGAAAAUUCUCCGUUGUUUGUGUGGAGAAGCUGAUGCCUCUGAGCUCCUUCUCAUCGGCUUUCCACCAGCCAACGUACAACAAGCAGUCCAUGUACCGGAAGGCCAUUUUUGAGGCCCUGCAGGUUGCAAGUGUGCGAGCGGGGAGACCAGUUCCCUCCUGUGAUGCGAGCGACGAGGCAGAAGGCGUGGAACUUCAGACCAGACAGAUGAUUGAGUGGGCCAUGACCGGCUUCCUGCCCAACGGGCCACAGUCGCUGGAUCCCCCAGAAGAGGAGCAAAAUCAGUUUAAGGAAGGAUACCUAGAGAUGAUGCCAGAGCCGGAGGCAGCGUAUACACCACCACCUGCAAAGAAACCGCGCAAAAACUCAGCAGAGAAAGCAAAAAUCAGAGAGGUGAUUGACGAAGGGACCAGAGAGAGACUCAUACAUGAAAUCAAAAAGAAAACCAGGAACAUAGAAGAUAUCUGCAUCUCCUGCGGAAGCCUCAAUUUCUCUCUGGAGCAUCCUCUCUUCCUGGGAGCAAUGUGCCAGGGCUGCAAAAACUCGUUCCUCGAAUGCGCCUACCAGUACGACGACGACGGCUACCAGUCCUACUGCACCAUCUGCUGUGGAGGGAGGGAAGUGCUCAUGUGUGGAAACAACAACUGCUGCAGGUGUUUCUGUGUGGAAUGUGUAGAUCUUCUGGUUGGCGCCGGCUCAGCGGCAGCAGCAAUCAAAGAGGACCCCUGGAACUGCUACAUGUGCGGACCCAAGAGUACCUACGGGUUGCUACGGCGCCGGGACGACUGGCCCAUCAGGCUACAGCACUUCUUCGCCAACAAUCAUGAGCAGGAGUUUGAACCUGCCAAAUUGUACCCUCCAGUUGCAGCAGAGAAGAGGAAACCAAUCAGAGUCCUCUCCCUGUUUGACGGCAUUGCCACAGGCCUGCUGGUGCUGAAAGAUUUAGGCAUCCAGGUGGACAAGUACGUCGCAUCGGAAGUGUGUGAAGACUCCAUCACUGUCGGCAUGGUUCGGCACCAGGGGCGCAUCAUGUACGUUGGGGAUGUUCGCAAUGUGACCCACAAGCAUAUUGAAGAGUGGGGACCGUUUGACCUCGUAAUCGGAGGAAGUCCUUGUAACGACCUCUCCAUAGUCAAUCCUGCGAGGAAAGGCCUUUUUGAGGGCACCGGGCGGCUGUUUUUCGAGUUUUACCGUCUGCUCCACGAGGCGCGGCCCAAACCAGGCGACGAGCGGCCGUUCUUCUGGCUCUUCGAGAACGUGGUCGCCAUGGGAGUCAGCGACAAACGCGACAUCUCACGCUUUUUAGAGUGCAACCCGGUGAUGAUUGAUGCCAAGGAAGUCUCUGCUGCCCACCGCGCUCGCUAUUUCUGGGGAAACCUGCCCGGCAUGUCCAGCCGACCUCUGACGCCGAUGGCAAACGACAAACUGGACCUUCAAGAGUGCCUGGAGCACGGCCGCACAGCUAAGUUUGAGAAGUUGCGUACGAUAACGACACGCUCCAACUCAGUGAAGCAGGGGAAAGACGAGCAUUUCCCCGUCUUCAUGGACAACAAGGAGGACAUCCUGUGGUGCACAGAAAUGGAAAGCGAUGAGGAUGGAGAGAAAGCAGAGAAGAAGAAAGAGAAAGAAUCAGGACAGACAGGGGAAGGCAACAGGGUGUUCGGUUUUCCCGUCCACUACACCGACGUGUCCAACAUGAGUCGUCUGGCGAGGCAAAGGCUGCUGGGUCGUUCCUGGAGCGUCCCCGUCAUCCGGCACCUCUUCGCCCCGCUCAAGGAGUACUUCGCCUGCAAUUAAUUACAAACCGACUCUCUCUCUCUGACACACACAAAGAGACACACAUGCUGGUAACUACAAACAGAAUACAGUUAGUACAUGAAGGUUGGCUGAUGCAGAAUGACAGACUGGACAAACACACAUAAACACUCACAAGUAACGUCAAAGGACUGCUCCCCCAGAUCCUGUGUAGACCACUGGCUGACCUUAGUUCCCUGGUGCUACCCUGCUGAUUUAUACACACCAACACACAGCUGCAGGGUUUCUGUACUGUAACUCAUAUACAUAUACUUCCUGUCCAAUCUUGAAACUGAUGUCUUCUGGCUUUACUGCGCCGCAAUAGCUGGGGUUAACCUCCAGGGGGCGCAAAAGUAACAAAGAUGCCCCGGCUUUCUGUUUUUAAUCUCUCUUAAUGCAUAAACACACCAAUGACUCCUUCUGCCGUAAUAUUCAACUGUAUUAACGCUUAGUAACAGUGGAAUGAACACAAAUAUAUUUAAAAAAAACACACAUAACAGUUAAUCCUCGUGGUGCUAGUCUGGUGGUGACGGAGUCCAAACGGUGCCACUUAAACUCAACACUUCUACAGUUUUUGGUGCUCUUGGAGGCUCAACAGUCUCUGUUUUUUAGUUGUUGUUGUUGUUGUUGUUUUAGUCGCUGAAUUGUUUUUAUUUCCCUGAGUUAAACUAAACAUGUUCGUUUAGCAAAAAAAAAAAAAAGGUGUGAAAAAAAGGUGUGAACUGUAAACAUCGGGACCAUAUGUAGUGACUUUGUGUAUGAAAAAAGUGGGAAUAAAAUUUCUUUGAGGCAGAGCUUCUCUGAUUCUACUAAAAAUCUCCUUGGGCUAAUUUAUACCAGAAAAUUUUGUUUUAAAACACAUAAACAUUUUCCUAAAAUUCAAACCAUUAGGUGGAAGAUAAACUGUUUGUUGAUACAUGCACUCAGAAAACUAAACUUGAUCUUUUUCAUGUUUUUGUAUUGCUCAUAAAAUAAGUAGAUACUGUGGGACAAACUGCUCUGAUUACUUGAUUAAUUGCCUAUGAUGCAGUCAGGGCCAGGGUGAAGAAUAAAUUAAAUAAAAUAUUGAGAAUAAAGUCAUAAACUCACGAGAAUAAAGUUGUAAUAAGCGAACUGACAAAAAUGUAAUCUUGUAAGCAUCUCGCAAAAUUACACUUUGGUAUUUGUUUUGCAAGUGAGAUACUUAUACAACGUUACUCUGGUAAUUUUAUGACUUUAUUCUGGUAAUCUUAUCAUUUUAUUCUCGUAAUAUUCUGACUUUAUUCUUAUUUUUCUACGACUUUAUUCUGGUAAUUUUAUUUUAUUUUUGUCUUAGCCUGGCCCUGUACCAGCGUCAUUAAAUGAGGUUUAAAGUCGUCAAUUUCUACUUUCAGAACAGCUCUGCCUCCAAGAGAUUUUAAACUGAAACAGUAAAGGACUUUGUAGGAUUCAGUAUUGUUACUGCAGCAGCGUUUAGAUUACCCUCCUGUUAUGGUGCAGCUUCUCUCGUGCCUCAACUCCAGUCGUUGCUCAUUUUUCUUUCUGUCUGGUGAAAAAGUCAUCGAGUUAUCCAGGAGUUGUGCUCACAGAGAUCCACUUUGUGCUUUAGUUAUGACACAGCAGCAUCCACGGAAAUCAGAGCCUGACUUUUACUCUAUACACUAUGCUGGUUUUCUACUUCCUGUGACUGAAACAGAUAACCCUGUGUAAGUAAAACACCUCUGUUGGGUGUUUAUUCUUCCUUAUAUUCGAAACACAAUGGAAUAAUCUCAGUUUCUUUCCGUUUUAACUCUAAGAUUAA